UGAAAAUGAAAAUCGGAGGUAAUUCCCGAACUCCUCGCAUUCUCUCCACCUGUUCCCCUCUCGCCUCUACUGGCUCUCCACCUACACGUUCAUGCAAACUCACACGCAUCGAGUACACGCAUACACAUACAUAUACCAUACCUGGACGAACAAUUCACAUUUUCCCAGAUGCUCUGAAUUUUCAAUUCUCUGAUGAGCUUUCAUGGCCACCCCAUUUUCCUUUUUUCUUUAUUUUUCUUGUUUCCUUUUCUUGUCGGGCCUAGAUUCACUAGCUUUUGCGUCCAAGAAUGAUUUUUCCAUCAUAGAGUACGAUUAUGCAACCAAACUUUUCAGGGGCGAUUACUCGCCGCCGUCUCCCCCUCCGCCGUCUCCGCCACCGCACCCCCCGUCCGUCUCAUGCGUGGAUUUGAAGGGCAUUGGUUCACUCAACACCACAUGUGAGCUCGGUUACAGCUUGAAUUUCACAGAUGACGUUUAUAUUGAAGGCAGGGGCAAUCUUUUUGUUCUCCAGGGGGUCGCUUUGACCUGCCCCAAAUUGGGUUGUUCGAUUGAGAUUAAUAUAACGGGUGAAUUGAGAUUGAACUCGUUUGCUCAAAUUGUUGCCGGGUCGGUUUAUAUAGUAUCUGGGAAUGCGAGCUUGUUUGGGGGUUCUGUGAUCAAUGUGACAGCGAGAGCUGGUGUGCUGCCCGACCCACAGACAGGAACGCCUGACGAUGCUCAGGGUGGCGGUGCGGGACAUGGUGGAAGGGGUGCUAGCUGUGUCAUGGAUAAUAAGAAGCUGCCAGAAGACGUUUGGGGCGGCGAUGCAUAUUCUUGGGAGUCUUUGGAUAAGCCUUGGAGUUAUGGCAGUAAAGGUGGGACUACUAAUAAAGAGGAGGAUUUUGGAGGGAUAGGGGGCGGAAGGAUUUGGUUGGAGGUGAAGCAUAUUGCAGACGUGCGUGGACAGCUUUUGGCUGAUGGAGGGGAUGGCGGAAUCAAGGGUGGAGGGGGCUCUGGCGGCAGCAUUUACAUCAUCUCACAGAAAAUGACAGGAAGUGGCAAAAUAUGUGCUUCUGGAGGUAAUGGAUUUGCUGGGGGAGGUGGUGGAAGAGUUUCUGUCAAUGUUUUUAGCAGGCAUGAUGAUCCCAUAUUCCUGGUACAUGGAGGAAGCAGCUUUGGCUGUCCCAUGAAUGCAGGUGCUGCUGGAACAUUAUUUGAUGCUGUUCCUCGAAGACUUAUCAUCAACAAUCAAAAUUUGUCAACGGAUACUGAUACACUUCUUUUACAAUUUCCGAAUCAGCCACUCUGGACAAAUGUUUACAUUCAGAAUCGUGCUAAAGCUAUUGUUCCUUUAUUAUGGAGUCGUGUUCAGGUUAGAGGACAACUUAGUUUAUCGUGUGGAGCAGUUCUGAGCUUUGGGCUCGUACAUUAUGCUUUGUCGGAGUUUGAACUGAUGGCUGAAGAACUUCUAAUGAGUGACUCGAUAGUAAAGGUCUAUGGGGCGUUGCGAAUGUCUGUCAAAAUCCACCUGAUGUUGAAUUCCAAAAUGCUUAUAGCUGGUGAUAGUGAUGCAAUUGUCGCUACUUCUUUGCUUGAAGCCAGCAAUUUAGUAGUUCUUAAGGGAUCAUCAAUGAUACAUUCAACUGCCAAUUUGGGGCUUCAUGGACAAGGGUCAUUGAACUUGUCAGGGCCAGGCGAUAUUAUUGAAGCUCAGCAUUUGGUUUUGUCUUUAUUUUAUGCCAUCAGUGUUGGUCCUGGAUCAGUUUUGCGAGGUCCCUUAGAAAAUGCGAGUGAUAAUGCCAUGGCUCCAAGACUCUAUUGCAAGCAGAAGUAUUGCCCUGUUGAACUGCUUCAUCCACCAGAGGACUGCAAUGUGAAUGCAUCAUUGUCCUUCACUCUCCAGAUAUGUCGAGUUGAGGACAUUAUUGUUGAAGGCUCCAUAGAAGGUUCUGUUGUCCAUUUUCAUUUGGUCAGAACUGUGGUUGUGGAGUCUUCUGGUGUAAUAAGUGCAUCAGGACUGGGCUGCACAGGUGGGUUGGGUCAUGGGGCACGUCUGCCUAAUGGUCUCAGUAGUGGUGCUGGACAUGGUGGUAGAGGAGGGGAUGCGUAUUAUGGGGGAACUUAUAUCAGUGGUGGUAUUGCAUAUGGGGAUGCUGAGUUGCCUUGUGAACUUGGCAGUGGAAGUGGGAACGAGAGUCUGUCUGGUGCAACUGCUGGUGGUGGUGUUAUUGUGAUGGGUUCACUAGAGCACUCUUUGUUGAAAUUAGUUGCACAUGGUGAUAUUAAAGCUGAUGGAGAAAGUUAUGGAAAAUAUGUUGGAGGGAAGGAUGGUGGGGUUGUUUCAGAUGUAGGUCCAGGGGGUGGAUCUGGAGGAACUAUUCUUCUGUUUAUCCAUAAUUUUAUCCUCUCUGAUACUGCUACCAUCUCGACCUCUGGAGGACAUGGAAGCCCUAACUGCGGUGGUGGAGGUGGUGGAAGGAUUCACUUCCAUUGGUCAGACAUUCCUGUUGGAGAUGAAUACAUGCCAAUGGCCAUUGUUAAAGGAACUAUCAGUGUCAGAGGAGGGAUUGGUAGAGAUCUUGGGCGACAAGGUGAGAAUGGUACUCUGAGCGGAAAAGCCUGUCCAAAGGGUCUCUAUGGAAUAUUUUGUGAGGUAACUGCUGGGUGAUUCAUUCUGAUAUGAUCUAAAAAUGUCAUCAUCUUCUCAUACGGGUCUAAUAGAGCCCUUUGUCGUGAUUGCCUGGCUAAUGAGCUUCCCCGUCGCGCUAUAUAUGUUGCUGUUCGAGGAGGCGUCACGGAAGCACCAUGUCCAUACAAGUGUAUAUCUGACAGAUAUCAUAUGCCUCAUUGUUAUACUGCCCUUGAAGAACUGAUAUACACUUUUGGAGGGCCAUGGUUAUUUGGUUUCAUACUAUUAAGUUUCCUCAUCCUUUUGGCACUUGUUCUUAGUGUUGCCAGGAUGAAAUUUGCUGGUGGAGAUGAAUUGCCAGGUCUAGUGCCAAACCAGCGUGCCUCCACAAUUGAUCGCUCAUUUCCUUUUCUAGAGUCGCUAAAUGAGGUUUUGGAAACUAACAGAACUGAAGAAUCGGAAACCCACGUCCAUCGCAUGUACUUUCUGGGGGCUAAUACUUUCAGUGAGCCUUGGCAUCUCCCUCAUUCCCCUCCAAAAGAAGUGAAAGAUAUAGUAUAUGAGGAUGCAUUCAACAUAUUUGUUGAUGAGAUAAAUGCAUUAGCUUCUUACGAGUGGUGGGAAGGAUCUGUAUAUGGCAUCCUCUGUGUUAUUGCCUAUCCAGUUGCAUGGUCUUGGCUGCAGUGGCGUCGGAAGGAAAAAGUACAGCACCUACGUGAAUACGUCCGUUCAGAAUAUGAUCAUGCUUGCUUGCGCUCUUGCCGUUCACGAGCUCUCUACGAAGGGCUGAAGGUUGCUGCAACUUCUGAUUUAAUGCUAGCUUAUGUGGAUUUCUUCCUGGGCGGCGAUGAGAAGAGGGAUGACCUUCCUCCUCGGCUUCAUCAAAGAUUUCCAAUGUCUUUAGUGUUUGGAGGAGAUGGAUCUUACAUGGUUCCCUUCUCUCUUCACAGUGAUAACAUUCUAACCAGCCUAAUGAGUCAGUCCAUCCCCCCAACCAUUUGGUAUCGACUAGUGGCUGGUCUUAAUGCGCAACUACGUUUAGCCCGUCGUGGACAUCUACGAACAACUUUUAAUCCAGUUAUCCGCUGGCUUGAGACACAUGCAAACAGAAUAUUACGUGCUCAUGGUGUACGUGUUGAUUUGACGCGCUUUCAACCUUCAGCUAGUGGAUAUUGCCAAUUUGGACUUGUGGUGUGUGCCAUAGAGGAUGAAAGUUCCCGCUCAUCCGGUCAAGCACCAGACAGGUCCUUAUUACAUCAGAAGCAGCCACGUUUGCCUGCUAGUCGCUGGAAAAAAGCUUUAGAUCUUGUUAGAGUCAGUGAACAUGGAAUGAUGCAGAAGAGGAUACCUGGAGAAGUUUUACAUGCUAAGAACCUACAAAAACUUGACGACAGAUUAACAUUUUGUUAUCCUAUCUACUACAUAAUUCGUAACAUAAAGCCAGUUUGCCAUCAGGAUCUUGUUGGUUUAAUCAUCUCAAUACUUCUCCUGGGAGAUUUUAGCUUAGUUUUGCUUCUUAUGCUUCAGCUUUAUUCCAUAUCGUUGCUGGAUGUCUUCUUGGUUUUGUUUAUUCCUCCUCUUGGCAUACUUCUCCCAUUUCCAGCUGGGAUCAAUGCAUUAUUUAGUCAUGGACCUAGGCGAUCAGCUGGACUUGCACGUGUAUAUGCUUUGUGGAACAUAAUCUCAGUGAUUAAUGUUGUUGUCGCCUUCAUAUGUGGACUUGUUCAUUUCAAGACCCAUUCUUCAUCAAGCGAAAAACAUGCAACCUUCCAAUCCUGGAACUUUAGCAUGGAUGAAAAUGGUUGGUGGAUGCUGCCUUGUGGACUUAUCUUCUGUAAAAUUCUCCAAGCACGGCUGAUCGAUUGCCAUGUCGCUAAUCUUGAGAUUCAGGAUAAGACAUUAUACAGCAGUGAGCCCAACGUUUUCUGGCAGUCCUGAAGAGCAUUACAAUGUCCUUAAACACACAAAAAAUCAGAAAAUAACCUGCAUUCUCAUUCUCCUUGCUCCCAAAUUUUAUUGAAUAGUGGGCAGGAAGGGAGAUGUAUGUACAUAAGGCUCCAAAAGAAUGUAAUUGACUCAACUUUCUUACCAGAUUUGCGUUGUGAAUAUGUCCAGCAAUUUUUUGUUUAAUAAACAAUUUUUUACCAGAU